UCGCGAAACCAACAACCGCCAAAAAAAACGUUGAGUCGCGUGUGAUAACCUGGCGAAAAUGGAACUUCGGAUGUCGGCAAACUACAGCAAUCAUGCGCUGUUUUCUCAGAGGAGCUUGCUCUUCCAAUGGCUGCGCGACGACAACACAAUGCCACUUCCGUGCACGUUUUGUGCGCGGGAUGGAGACGACACCAGCUCUCCCGUGAUUGACGCCGUAGUCUCUUUCCGGGGAGGGAGAAACAAGUGUUAUGAUGACGACGAGGACGGUGGCGUUGUUGAUGACUACGACAAUGUCGGUGAUGAUGAUGAUGUUGUUGUUGAUGAUGUCAUUGAUGAUGAUGAGGAUGAUGAUGAUCAUGAUGAUGAUGAUGGUGUUGAUGAUGAUGACAACGAUGAUGCUGAUGCUGAUGCUGAUGAUGAUGAUGAUGACGUUGAUGAUGAGGAUGCUGACGAUGAUGAUGAUGAUGAUGAUGACGACGAUGAUGAUGAUGAUGAUGGUGAUGAUGAUGAUGAUGGCAGUCGUCGGCGGUUCUACAUAAAAAAUGUGUACGGUUCCAAGGGGAACGUCGUCGCCGGUGCCAAGGGGGCGGUUCUCGACAUUUGUCUGUUCGAGGGGUUCGGAGUGGGUGCUGCGAACACCCCGUUCUACAACGACCUCCGGCGGCAGGGCGGGUUUGUUUUGGGUCGAGAGUGCUUCGACUUGUUGGAGGACAAGGACAUCGCCCUUGACGUCCCUUGCGAAGUCGGCCCCGACCUGGAACUGUCAACGCCUUUGCAACUGUGCGGCGGUUUAAAUAAAGAGCAGACGUACGAGUUGCCGAUCUUCAAGCUCACACCACUGGGGCUUCAAAAACCAACUCCCGGGACCAAGGGUCAACGUCUGAAGCCGGAGGAGUGGAAGGGCGAGCUGGUGGGACAAUACUACUACUACGCGGUGUGCGGGCAGCAUAACGCGGCUGCAGCCCGGUCGCUGCUCGGGAGAGAGGUGGCCAAGAAGUACAAUUUCGAGCGGUGGCCGGCGCGAAUGCUUUACUUUUCGGACGACGACUUCGAAGGGUAUUUUCUUGUUAGUUCACAGGACAACAAGAAGGACCUCAAGGCGCCUCCCAAACAGUUGAAGCUGUCUAUGAAAGACAUUCGGUGGCAGUGGAAGCAUGACAGCUGCCCGAGAGCUGUGAUGGGGAGUCCUAGCGGGAAACAAGAUCAGGUCCGGGCUUGGCUGUUCAGGAAGUUUGAAAGUCAAGGAUUGGAUGACGAGUUGUGGGAUAACAGCAGGAAACACGUUUCAGACUCGGCGUUGUUCAAGGACUGCCUUCCGUACAUGGGUUGCGACCAGGACAACUCGAUUGAGGUGAUGGAGAAGUUGGCGGGACACAAGAAGUUGUCCGUCGACUGGAGAAACAAGGUUCUCUCCGUGUUGAAUGGGAGCAGACUGAAGAGCCAUGAGGUCGCCCUUGUCGAAGGCAUUGUUCACAUUAAAUGGAAAGAUACGGGGGAUGUCACUUCCAUCGCGCCGUUCGCUAACGACCUUUUGGAGGCGGACAUGAGGGGCGCAGAGCUGAAGGAAGCAGUGGCUGCCACAAAGAGCCACACGAAGGACUCUUACGCCGAGUACGUCCGCCGGAAGGACCACGAGUUCGCACUGCUCGACAACUACCACUUCGCCUCCCGCAUGAACGUGAAGACGUUUCUCGAUAGGCUGCAGUCGCUGUACUUCGUGGAGUCCGAGGAGCAGUUGAAGUUAGCCAGUUACGCUUCCCUGAUCUCCACUGAUGACGAGGAAGCCACAGGUGUGGAGUUUGUUGCCGAUGCGAAGGAGGAGGAGAGCGACACAGAGAGCAUUGAUCUGCAGUACGACCCACCUCCGGCGGACCACGGCAGAGGGUCGUCGUCGGUCGGUCCGUCACCGAGCGCUGCAACCCUCGUGUCACCGUCGGCCAAACCGGCGUCGGGCACCAUGCCGAUGAAGUUGAUCGAGAGACUCAGAGCUCUAGCCGUCCCCCCGUCCGCCUUGCCGAGGGACACGUUGGCAGCUUUGCUUGCUCUGGACAGUCGCUCCAGCGGAAAGUUGAAGUCUGGCGGGAUCCGAACUACGUCCGCUGAGGAGCUCCCAGAGCGGUCCGAAAUGCAAAGCCUCUCGGGGUCGAGGGAGCCAAGCAAGGAUCCCGAAAUUGGCAGCAUUGCGGCGCGGGAGAGAAACGUGGGAAAGGUGUCGCCUGAGCAGGAGCGACAGCCGCAAGGAUUGCAGCGAGAGGCUGCAGGUACAGGGUCCGGCGACACGGAGACGACGAAGUCCGCCGAGAUCCGAACUUCUUCGGGGGGGGGGUGUCGGCCAGGGAUUGUCGUGCCGUUGAGAGGGGCAGCGUGCACGGAGACGGAAGGGCGGUCCUCGGGAUUCAGCACGGGUACCGCGGAAGGGGAUGAGUUUCGUGGAAGGGAAGUAGGGGAGAAAAUGGAGGAACGGAGGGGAGCGCUAGAAGGGGAGGAAAAAGGGGAAGAAGAGGAGGAAGGGGAGGAAGCGGGAGAAACGGAGGUACUUAAUUUGCUUGAAGGAAGGAAGGGUGCCGGAUCUGGACACGACUAGGUGGAGCACAGUGAGGACGAUGUCGGAUCUAGAGAGUCGUCUGACGAGUUCGGACAACUGUACGGAGAGCAUCACGAGGAUGAUGUCGACGACGAUGCCACAGCAAU